ACACAUGCAGUGGUGUGCAUUUAGCUUGUGGGUCAGGGGCCCCGAUGCAACCAGAGCCUUCCAUGCCAUGGUCCAGUUCCAGAUUUACACCCUAGGCCUGACUAACCACAGAAGCCACUUGGAGUUGUCUGCUUAUUCCAGGUGCGUCAGCAUCCUCCGUUCAAAAUGCCCGAGCAAAGCAAUGACUACCGGGUGGUGGUCUUUGGAGCCGGCGGUGUGGGCAAGAGCUCCCUGGUCCUGCGCUUUGUGAAGGGGACGUUCCGGGACACGUACAUCCCCACCAUCGAGGACACCUACCGGCAGGUCAUCAGCUGCGACAAGAGCGUCUGCACCCUGCAGAUCACCGACACCACGGGUAGCCACCAGUUCCCGGCCAUGCAGCGCCUCUCCAUCUCCAAAGGCCACGCCUUCAUCCUAGUCUUCUCCGUCACCAGCAAGCAGUCCCUGGAGGAGCUGAAGCCCAUCUACCAGCAGAUCCUGCAGAUCAAGGGCAGUGUGGACAACAUCCCCAUCAUGCUGGUGGGCAACAAGUGUGACGAGACCCAGCGGGAGGUGGAGACCAAGGAAGGGGAGGCCGUGGCCAAGGAGUGGAAGUGCGCCUUCAUGGAGACCUCGGCUAAGAUGAACUACAAUGUCAAGGAGCUCUUCCAGGAGCUGCUCAACCUGGAGAAGAGGAGGAACAUGAGCCUCAACAUCGACGGCAAGCGGUCCAACAAGCAGAAGAGGACAGACAAAAUCAAGGGGAAAUGCAGCCUUAUGUAAAGCACCGGACUGUCCCUCGUCUCUUCUCCGCCCUACAAGUUAAACAUCGGCGUUGCCCUCCCGUCUCCCCCCACUCCUCCCUCUCGCUGCAUCUUAUCACUGUGACUGCUCUGGGGAGCCAGCGAUGCACGCUCACCCGGGACCGUUUCCCUUUCCGAUUCCACGCUCGGUACGUUCCCCUCCCCUGGCGACGAGGGCCACGGUCUCGCUCUCUGGAAGGGGGAUAUGCAAUACUGGGGGCUGGAUCGCACACGUGCAUUUCGGUUUCGUUCGUUUGCAGCGAGAUGAGGGACGCGUGGGGGAAGUUGAGGAAACGCCACAGGAAGAAGACUCUUGAUCAACGUUUUCUCUCUUCUCUUCCCCACUCUCUGGCUUUUGACUCCGUCUGUGGGGGCAGCCCGCGGGGAGACCUGUCUGAGCCUUGGCAUGGACACUCAGCCCUUCAUAGAUACACUCACCUAUUCCGGCACGAACUGAACAGAGAAUGCUGCUAACACUGACAACUUUUAGCUGGGGCAUAGUGGGGGGUGGUUUUUAAUGCACGGGGGUCAGUCCUCAUUUGGUUCCCUAACGCUGCCGAGACCCCAAAUCUACAAGCGAGGGGGCAGAGGCUGCUCUCAAGCCCUCGCAAGACCCUUCCUUACCAGUCAAAGGAACACACACAAUUCCCAAAGGGGUGAUCUGAUGUACGUCGCUUACCCAGAGACUUUGAAGGACUGGCAACGCGCUUCGUCCGUCCAGGCUGGAACACAAUCCCAAGGUCAUCGCGGCCCUGCUGGGGGUGGGGCCGCUCUCAGGUUGUUUGCCCAAGUUCCAAGAGACGCUGGUUAAUCACAAGGACCUGGAAGCCGACAAGGACACCUGGGGCGGGUACGAUACCCCAUCGGGCAGUGGCAUUCAAAGGAGGGGUCUCUACGUUGUCGAAGGCCCUGGCUAUUUGAACAGUGGGAGCUACUGAAAAACAAAAUGCAUGUGAUCGGCACAAGGAGGAUUUUAGCUGGCCAUGGCCAAGUUAAAGAGAACGAGACACUAGCCUAGAGGAGCUGGCCAGGAAUGGUCAAGCAGCAAGAAGAGACAGAACCCAGCUGGAAGGGAGUUAUUUACUCCGAGGCAGCUGUGAGGUGGUGUCCAGCGAGAAGUGAUCCCUUUCUCACCCCCAGCAUUUGCCUUUUUCUUUUGUUGUUGCCAAAAUGCCAAGUGGCACCAGCGCAGCGUGAGAGGUCGGUAGUGCGGAAGUGACACAAAGUAUAGCACAUAUCUAGCCAGCAGUGGGGGCGAAAGGGCUAGAGGUGAAGGAGGAGGGGUGAGCGCCAGCACCUUGAUGGUGUUUUGGACGCAAUGUGGAGCCGGUGGGAUUUUCAGGGCGUUGAGGGAUGAGGGGCAAACUGAUGGGCCGGGCUGGGCCAGGCCGGGCUAUGCCAGGCUGGACUGGGCUAGGAUGGGCCGGGGCAUGCAUGGCAGUGCUAGGUUUGGUAAGAAUCUCAGCCUGAGGUGGAAGGUGUGACUGGGGGCUGCCUUUGGAACAUCUGUCCCAGCACCAUUGUCUGUGCAAACAUCUGCCCCUAGCACCACUGUUUGUGCAAACAGUGUAUUUCCAGGUGCAAGCAGGCAGCCCUUGGUUCACAACAGCUGGUGGUGGUGGUGCAAAACAGGCUAUGGUGCACACACAAUGGGUGGAGACAAGCAUAUGCACGCAAAAACUGGGCACCCGCAGGCUUGAUUGCCUAUUGGUGCUUGCACUAAUGCGUGUUCUGCGCACAUGCAGUUUCCACACUUCCCCUUUUGCACGCACAGUCUCCUGUUUUUGCACAUGGACUAGGGGCCUGCUUUGCAAAUCUGGCUGGAUCUCUCCAGCUAGAAAUGUCUGAAUCCCGAGCUGCUUCCUAGCCUUCCUCCCCCAGCAGCCACAGACUCUGCAGAGGGCCACGGUCCAGCUCUGUGACGUCUGAGUCAGGAGCUGGGGGGAGGGGAAACCUUUGCACUUAAACCCUCAUACCAGAGUGAGCGAGCCAGCAGCCACGGAUGGCACAAGGUCUGCUCCAGUGGGUACCACCCAGCUUAGAAAGACCUUCUUCCCUGCUCUCCCAGUACCACCCUCCCUCCCUGCCAAUGCACAGCAGCCGUGCGCCCCCCACCACUGGCCUCCUUUGUAGUGACCCCUCCUCCGUUUAAAUAGCGCUCUGGUCUGCUCCAGGGACAGCCCCAAACACUGCAGCAGGCAAUGCCAGUCCUACAGCGGGGCGGCCAAGGCGGGGGUAUUUUAUCCCUACGCUCCCUAGGGAAUUGCCCGUUGGGCCCCAGGUCCGACGGCUGCAGAUGCUCAGGGGUAGCCGUGCCAAGUGGGGUGACCCCAGGCCCAUCCCAGCUGGACCCAAACCCUGCACCCAGCCCCUGUGGUUGUAAUAGGCUGACCCAGAACUCUGCCCCACUCUGGCUGCAGAUCCAAUCUCUGCAGCCUGGGCCCUUCUCUGCGGCAGGAGCCCCUUGAGCUCAGCCCUGCCACUCACCAGCCCCCUUGGCUCUUGAACCCUUCACAGCCCGGAAGCUGCCGGCCGAAGCACAAUGUGUGGGGCUCCUCAGGAGCCCUGACCUAGCACAAUGGCGGGGAGCGCUGACGGGGGCCCCCCUGGGUUUGCGCUGCUGGGCCCCGGGGAACGAGGCCAGGCCGGCUGUACGCGCCGCAUGCUGGACUCUUGGAAGUCUUGCAUACAAGGCAGGUGUGGACCUGGGCCCAGUGGCCUCUCCCUCCACCCCUCCCCCAGCUGCCUUGUUGGGGUCGCCUGCCGGUGGCUUGAUGCCACGGUGACGGGCGCCACUGGACAUCACCACGGCCACACAGAUGGAGCCGGUGAAGGAAGCAGCACGGGGGGUGGGGGCAGCCUGGCAAACCCCAGGAGAGUCCUAGUUCAAAGCAGCACCCGAAGGGGAGAAGUUCUGACCAGACUUUACCCCGUGCUCCAGUGGGGGCAGGACUUGGCCACCUUGAGCCUGCAGAGUUGGGCUGCAAAUCUGUGCGGGGCAGCCCGCCCCUGGCUCCGCUCCCCUAGCGGGAGUAAAUCCCCACUGACGUCAAUAGGGGCUGCGUCGCUUCAUGCCAGCGGGGGGGAUCUGGCCCCCUCCAGCCCUGCAUACUCAGAGACAGCCACAAAAAUGCCUAGUAAGGGGGUGGGUCUGAUCGCAGAGAGGGCAGCUGGGUGUGGGUGUUGGGUGUGCAGCUGGAGGAGGAAGAGGGGAGGGCUCUGUCUGAACCCCCGCCCAGCCCCUCGCUCCAUCAGGCAGGGCAGGAUCUGGGGGCUCCCUUCGGCCCAAGGACUCCGCAAGAAGCAGCUGGAAUCCCGCCAGGCACUAGCCGCGUUCCCUGCCGAGCUUUCUCCUUGGAUGGCUUAGCCAGGCGGUCCCCUCCCGCCUCCGCACCGGGGAAGGGAUGUUCUGCUCGCCCAAACCCGUCCCCUAGGGGGCGCUGGGGGCCUCCUCACCGCUAGGGGCAGCUUGUCCGCUGGCGAGUAGGAGGAGUCUCUCCGCAUCGGGGUUCGCCGGCGGCUCGUUCCUCCCCCUGGCUGACCCAUCCACAUCACCUUGAAACGAGGCCCAGUAAUAAUCAUAACGAGGAGCAAGAGGUUCGUUUACACGUGUAUCUCGCCCGGUCAUAUGAUAUUGAAGCUAACGUCCUCCCAGCUAAGAGACUGGCGUCUUGAAUAUUGUAUGGUGCUUUGAAACUCAACUCUCGUAUCUUGCAUUGUAAAUACCAGUCCUGCCUCGACCCCCCUCUGACGCCAGCAUGAGAUCAGUAACUAGCUCCCAUGCAUUACUGGCUUUUUAAAACAAACCGAACAAAGAAAGAAAGGAACAAGACGAUAUUACAAUGUAGCCUUUAUUCUAGAACUAGUCUUCCUGAAAUAAAUAAAUUACUCCUGCAUUCCCGCA